AUGACUACUGUUGACAUAAUUCAAACUAAAGAUUUCAUCAAACAAUCUUCUCGGCAUAGUAGUUGUUUUCAUGAAGGUAAGAUGGAAAAACAAAAUACAAUUGUUACUCAAAAAAUAGAUAUUCCAAAACAAGAAGUUAUUGCUCAAAAAAAAUAUUCUUUAAAUGAAUCGGAAUCAAUACGAGAAGCUCGAAUUCGUAGUCUUUCUCAUUGGUCACAUUUUACACCAAGUAAUGAAUCAAUGGCAUCUGCUGGUUGGUUUUCAUGUAAUGUUAAUGAUCGUGUUAUUUGUAUAUAUUGCAAUACAAUUUGUCAUGGAUGGACAAUCAAUGAUGAUCCAGUGGAAGUUCAUACAAGAUUUGCUCCACAAUGUCCAUUUAUUCUUUCAAUGCCUUCAGUAAAUAGUUCACCAAAUAUAAUUAAAGAUACAAUUGACGAAAAAUUUGAACCAUCCCAUCCAAAUAUGGCUGAAAUAUCUCGUCGAGAGGCAACAUUUUCUAAUGCUAAUUGGACAGAAAAUUUGCCAAGUAUUGAAAGUUUAGUUCGUGCAGGAUUCUUUUGUGCUGGUAUUAAUAAUUCAGUAACAUGUUUUUAUUGUAAUGGUUCAUUACAUAAAUGGGGUUCCAAAGAUAAUCCUAUGAUUGAACAUGCUCGUUGGUUUCCUUAUUGUACUUAUGCUAAAAAUUUAUGUGGAAAUCAAUUAUAUGAAAAAAUUCAAACAUCGAAAAAAAAACUUAUUUUAAUGAAAAAUAAAGUUGAUAAAGAUCAACUUACUCCUUUAGUUGCAGCACGACUUGAUUUACCUAUAGUUGAACGUCUUCGUUCCCAAUAUUCAUUAGCAAUAAUUAAACGUUGCAUUGAAGAUCAAUUAAAAAUUAAAAAUGAUGAUUUUAAAUCAGAUAUUGAUUUAACAAUCGCUUGUUCUAUUCUUCAAAAACAAAUUGAUAUUAUUCAAGGUUCUGCAGACAAUAUAAGAAUUCCAUCAAAAUCUCAACAAUUAAAUAGUUCAUCUCAAUCAUUAAAACAAUCAUUAGGUGAAUGUUUCAUAUGUCUUACUGAAGAGAAACAAUUAGCAUGUAUGCCUUGUGGACAUUUAUGUGCUUGUGUUCCUUGUGGAUAUGCACUUCAUUCAUGUCCAAUUUGUAGACAAAAAAUUCAAGGUUUUAUGAGAAUUAGUUCUUAA